ACGGUACAGAAAAGAAAAAAAUAUAUCGAUUAUCAAUCUUGAUUUUUCUUCUUCUCGAUCGCGUCGUCGGAGCCGGAGGUGAAAAACCAGAGCAGAGGCAAAAAGCGAAGGAAAAUGGAGAAGGCAAUCAACAGGCAAAAGGUUUUGCUGCACCAUCUCCGGCCAUCUUCUUCCGUUCCCGUUCAUGAUUCUCCCUUAUCGGCAUCGGCAUGUUUAGCUGGGGAUAGUGCUGCAUAUCAGAGGACUUCAGUUUUUGGGGAUGACGUUGUGAUUGUUGCAGCAUAUCGAACUGCACUUUGCAAAUCAAAACGUGGUGGCUUCAAAGACACCCACCCUGAUGAUCUUCUUGCGCCUGUUCUGAAGGCAUUAAUUGAGAAAACCAAUCUCAACCCAAGUGACGUUGGGGAUAUUGUCGUCGGUAGUGUUCUGGGACCAGGUUCCCAAAGAGCAAGUGAAUGCAGGAUGGCUGCAUUUUAUGCUGGUUUCCCUGAAACUGUGCCAGUAAGAACUGUUAAUAGGCAGUGCUCCUCUGGAUUGCAGGCUGUUGCAGAUGUAGCUGCUGCUAUCAGAGCAGGGUUCUAUGAUAUUGGCAUCGGUGCUGGUUUGGAGUCUAUGACUGUCAAUCCAAUGGCAUGGGAAGGAUCAGUCAAUCCAAAAGUAAAGAUGUUUGAACAAGCUCAAAAUUGCCUGCUUCCCAUGGGCAUAACCUCUGAAAAUGUUGCUCAUCGUUUUGGUGUCACUAGACAGCAACAAGAUCAGGCUGCAGUUGAGUCUCACAGAAAGGCAGCUGCUGCUACUGCUUCCGGUAGGUUUAAAGAUGAGAUUAUCCCUGUGAACACCAAGAUUGUUGACCCUAAAACUGGUGAAGAGAAAUCUGUUACAAUCUCUGUUGAUGAUGGAAUUCGGCCCAAUGCCUCAUUGGCAGAUUUAGCAAAGCUGAAGCCUGUAUUUAAGAAAGAAGGAAGCACCACUGCAGGCAAUGCUAGUCAAGUGAGUGAUGGUGCAGGGGCUGUACUCCUCAUGAAGAGAAGUGUUGCAAUGCAAAAGGGACUACCCAUUCUCGGUGUCUUUAGGACUUUUGCUGCUGUCGGUGUGGAUCCAGCCAUCAUGGGCAUUGGUCCAGCUGUUGCUAUCCCAGCUGCAGUGAAGGCUGCCGGUCUCGAGCUUAAUGAUAUUGACCUUUUUGAAAUAAAUGAGGCAUUUGCAUCACAAUUUGUGUACUGCCGUAAUAAGUUGGAACUUGACCCUGAGAAGAUUAACGUUAAUGGAGGUGCAAUGGCCAUUGGUCAUCCGUUGGGUGCAACAGGUGCUCGUUGUGUCGCUACUCUAUUGCACGAGAUGAAGCGUCGUGGCAAAGACUGUCGUUUUGGAGUUAUUUCAAUGUGCAUAGGGACAGGAAUGGGUGCAGCGGCUGUUUUCGAGAGGGGCGACGUGGCUGAUGAGUUAUGCAAUGCUCGGAAGGUUGAUAACCACAAUCUGUUGUCCAAGGAUGUUCUAUAGAGAAGACUGCCAUGUGCUGCUAUACACCUAAAUAAUUUUAUUUCUUCCAAUAAGAUAGUAAUAGGUUUUUAUUAUUAUUUGAGAACCUGAUCAUAUGUAUGUUAAUUUAUCUUAAUGAUGGAGGGACAUAUAUGUGUGAUAUGCAUAAACACGAUAGCUUUGUUACUAGGCCAUUAAUCUCUUUAAAGUUGAGAAAAUAUAUGGCCUCUCUUUGAUAAUAAGUUCUUGGUCAAAUUGUUUAUAGGAUAAGGUAGCCAGGUUGGUAAGAUGGUUAAUUAAUUUUAA